GCCCAGGGGGCUUUCCAAAUUUUGUGCCCAGCUCUUGCCACGCAUGAAGGCGGUUGUUGGCUUUGCCUUUGUAGCUUGUUUUGCUGAUGCCGUAGUUGGUCCUGCUGGCCAAGACAGAAACGCGAGCGCCGUCCCACAAGUACCUUUGUCUGCAGAUCUCUACCAAGCUGCUGUCCGUGAACUCCAGCAAUCCUGCGGCCACGUGUGUGUGACUGGGCUGGAUAACUUCAACAAAGACUACGCUGGCCAUGGUCUGGACGCAGCGCUUGUAGCGUUUGGGAACCACAUAUCGCAGUUUUUGGACGAGGCCAAGGCUGACUAUGGCCAAGGCAACAUCACCGGAGCCUUCCUCGUGCGAUCCGGCGCAAAAACUUUGGGUGGCCAUCGCUCAAACCUUGGCCUCGCUGACCUCUUGUCGGACGUAGCCUGCAGCUCCACAACUGCGUGCAAGCUGAAGAGCUUUUUGGCAAACGUGUGCAACUAUGGGCGGGUGGCGCUGCAGACUGUGUACCAAGUGGUCAACGUCGUGGUGCACAUAAUGGCUGUGCUGAUUACGCUGCUCUGCGGAUGCUUGCACAUCCUUACGGUGAGCUUCUGCGUGCUGCAGGGCAUCCCGCCGAUUUGUAUUUUCCCGUACAAUGUUUACAGCAAAAUAAACACAGCCAGCACACAGAUUUGGGAAGCAGUGAAGGCUUGCUUCAUGUCUGGAGCUACUGUUGCUCGCGUUGUCACGUGUCAGGCUACAACCCAGUUCUGUAUGUUGCAUGGAGGGUUGUAAGCCAGCGGCUUGGAAGAAGGAGGUUGCAGCCAAGAUCUGCCUCGAUAGCGUAUUGCGUGGAACC